GCACGGAUAUCCUCGAUGUGUUCGCUAUUCACCUUACUCAAUCGCAGUACGAAGACGUUUCUGGCCUCUUCCCAUUGGACUACGACUCGCACACACUAUAUGGCGUUCUUAUGCCUUUCCCGGGUCUCACUGGUAAAAUUCUUGUCAUGAGCCAUGGGCUUG